AUGGCCUCGGUAGAAAGUUCUCCGGUCGAUACUUCCAUGAUCAAGGAUGCCGAUGUCACAGUGAGCAACUGGGCAGGCUUGAAAGGACGGGAGAGCACAGUUGAGAGCAGUGAGGAUGUCGAAGCUGGUCAAUCAGGCAAAAGUUCCGGGGUGCUGAAUGUGUUCAUCUCGGGUCUGGCUCUUUUCAGCGACGGAUACAACGCCCAGAUCAAUUGUCUCCCGCUGACUAGUUUCUUGGUAUACGGUAGAUACAAAGAUGGCAUGUCCCCAACCAUCAAAGGCCGACUAUCCAACUCGUUCCUCAUAGGAGAAAUCUUUGGAAUGCUCUUCUUUGGCGUUCUCAUCGAUCGCCUGGGACGAAGAACGGGUGUGGUAGCAGCCACCACGUUCUUGGUAUUGGGUAUUGCAUUGGCAGCUGCUGCGCACGGGAAGUCCGAGCUUGGAAUGUUCUGGAUGAUGAUUAUUGCCCGUGGAGUUGCUGGCUUUGGAGCCGGCGGCGAGUAUCCCGUUUGCGCAACGAGUGCAACGGAGGCAGCAGAUGAGACAACUAAGCUUCGAAAAAACCGAGGCUUCUUGGUUGCUUCAACUACUGAUUUUGCCGUGGAUCUGGGCUUUGUCUCCGCUGGCAUUGUAGCGCUUAUUGUUCUCGCUUGUUAUGGUCAAGAGACUAGAUCUGGGGUAUGGCGUGUAUCAUUUGGCCUUGGAUUUGUGCUUCCCCUUGUUAUCUGCUUCUUCCGGAUUCGCAUGAUCAAUUCCACUCAGUACCAGAAACACAGCAUUAAAUCUAGGUAUCCAUACGGGCUUAUUCUCAAAAGAUAUUGGAAGCCGAUGCUUGGAACUUGUGGGUCACCAAAUCAUUUGUCCAUGUGUUCAAGUGCUGACUUUGUAGCCCUGGCGUGGUUCUGCUACGACUUUGUCACCUACCCGUUCGGAAUCUUCUCGUCCACCAUUAUCCAGCAAUUAAUGACGGACAACUCAACUGUUCAAAACAUCGGUUAUGGAACAGUGAUUAACUGCUUCUAUCUCCCCGGAUGCCUUCUCGGCGGGUACCUCAUGGACAAAAUUGGGCGCAAGCAAAACAUGACUCUUGGUUUCAUGCUCUGGGCCAUCUGGGGCUUCAUCCUUGGCGGUGCGCUUCACCCGAUCCAAAGCGUGUUCCCGUUGUUCGUGGUGAUGUACGGCAUUUUCAUGGCCCUGGGCGAAAUGGGCCCCGGUGUAUCUACGUUUCUUUGUGCUGCCGAGUCCUUUCCCACCCCUCUCCGUGGUCACUUUCUCGGAUUUGCUGCUGCCGUGGGCAAGGCUGGUGCGUCUAUUGGAACGGAAGUGUUUACCCCAAUUCAGAACUCAUUUGAUACCACUGCAAAGGGCCAGCAAGCGGUGUUUUUGAUUGCCUCUGCCUUUACGGUGGUCGGAGGUCUCAUCGCAUGGUUCUUGAUUCCGGAUAUGUCUCGAGAGUUGGAGGAUGAGGAUGCCAGGUUCAAGGCAUACUUAGAGGAGAACGGAUACGACGUUAGCCACUAUGGCGAGGCGUUGCAGGUGGAUAGGAAGAGUGGUCAUUAA